UUCGGCGAUCUCCACCUGCCAUUGCAACGUCACCCCACACCAUCACCAUGUCAACCCCCGCCGGCCCCUCCGAGAACGAGCCCCUCCUUCCCGCGCCCGCAAACAUGGGCCCGGCGAGCCGCUCGAAGCUACAUGCGCGCCGCUACCUCCCGCAGUCAGACAAGGCGAAGGGGAAGCAGCGCGCGACGACGCCGCCAGAUGACGAGCCGCCAACGUUGGACAAGGGCAAGGCGCGCGCCCCCGAUGUCGGGCGCCCCGUCACUAUCAUCUUCUCGAAUGAGGAAGAUGCCGGCGGACACCUCGAGGUUUGGGUCGAGGAGGGCGAGAGUGUCGGCAAGGUCAAGGACAAGAUUCGCCAUAUGCGCCCCAAUGUUGCGGGCAACCAGCUCCGCCUGAUCCACGCCGGACGGCUCCUCACAGAUGGCAUCCUCCUCCUUCCAUGGCUGCGCAGCCUGGAAGAACGUGUGCGCCGUCAAGCGGGCUCCGCAGUCGGCGAUGUCCUUCGGGAGGUCGGGCGUGGCCUGGCCGGCGACGAGGAGGAGGAAGCACCGCCCCAGCCGCCCCAGGAACGCGUGUACCUUCACUGCAAUGUCGGCGGGCCGCUGGAUGCAGCGCCGCCGAGCGAGCACGAAGAGCCGGAUACGGCGCCGCGCCGGCGCGGAUUCGACGCGCUCCUCGACGCGGGUUUGAGCCCUGAAGAGGUCGCGGCGAUGCGGAGGCAGUUCUACGAAAGUCGGGGGGAGGAGGUGCCCGACCUUGGGGGGAUGAACGACGAGCACGCGCGCGCGCUCGAGGAGCAGUGGAUCGAGGGCGACCUGACGCCCGAGACGGCCACGACUUCAUCCGAGGGCAUGUACACGGCGAUCUUGCAUGGCCUGCUCACUGGCUUCCUGUUCCCUCUUACGCCGUGGUUCUUCUUCCGCGAGGAGCCGCUGCCGAACUUCUUCGACGCCGAGGCUGAGGCAGACCAGCUCGCGCGCCGGGCAGAAGCGGCCGCGAGGCUGGAGGACGAGCGGCGCGCUGCGGCGCACACCGCCGCGAUCCGUGGACAUGGGGCGACGGGCUCCGAGACCCUCGAGGUUCCCGGGGUCGUGAGCCCCGUGCCAAGCCGCGAAAGUGUGUCCAUGCGCGUGAGCUCGUCGCCCCUUGUUGGCGGCGAGCUGGUGGGCUCGGUCGUGUUCAGCAAGCGCAUGCGGAUCGGCAUCUACUUGGGCACCCUGAUCAACGUCGUGUUCGGCGCCCUACGUUUCCUUGCGGUGUAGGCGUGACGUCGUCGCAGCAUUUGGCAACUGGAACCCUCGUCUGCGCUGUAUUUGCGCGUUGUACUGUACCUG